AUGUCAAACUUUUGACAUUGUGGUUGUUUAUUUUGAAAUGGCAACAAUAAGGAUACCAGAACAAAAAGUGAUUCUUUGCGGAGAGUACGGUGUUGGAAAAAGCUCGUUGUUCCGCCGAUUUACCAACAACACCUUUGUAACUGCCACCGACAGAAAAUCCACAUUAGGGUUGGAUCAUUACGAAAAAACCUAUCAUGUUUGUGAUAGAGAUGUUAAGUUACAAUUGUGGGACACUGGAGGGAUGGAGAGGGUCGCUUCCAUAACAUCAAGCUACUAUAAAUUUGCCGAAGCAGCCAUUCUAGUGUUUUCCUUGGAUAAUUCUUCAUCUUUUAACGCUCUUUCGCAGCAUUUAUUAGAUAUAGUUACAUAUGCCGAAAGCGCAAAGAUUUUUUUGUGUGGAAACAAGUCUGACUUGGUUUCUGAUCUUCCACAAGUUACUGAUUCAGAAAUUGAAACUUUUUGUGAGCAAUGCCAUAAUUUGAUAUCUGGGAUAUACAAAACAUCAUGUAAAACUACAUCUGGGCUUGACGAUAUGUUUACAGACAUAGCUUUUCAAUUAGUACACUCAAAUAGAUCAAGAUUAGAGUUACAAUCGAUGGAAAAACAUGGUUUUAAAAUUUCGCCCAGCGAAGAUUCCCAAGAUGAAGAAAGCUGUUUGUGUUAGUUUUUAGUAAGACUUUUACAAUCAAUUCCGCCCCACUUUAAAAAGAACAAACUUAAUUUUAUCUGUAAUAUUCUUGGUCUUAACUUAAUUUUAUUGUAUUAUUUAAAAUUUAUAGACUGAGUAUGGGGCACAAUUGUGAUAAUUUUGUUACACAAAAUAUUUAAUUUCUCCUAGAGGAUCCGGCAAUAGAAUUUUGAAUUUAAUAAAAAUUGCUGGACCCUGUAAAUUUACAACGCUUUUAACGUUAAUUUAGCUUCUUAAAUUACAAUGCUUUUACAAAGAAAAUUGAUUAGAAUAGUGCCAAAGAUUUAAUAAAGUCUGAAAAAGAAAUACAAUUUAUCAAAUAUCUGGUCCUUAAUAUUAUUUAUUUUUA